AUGUCCACGUUUCUCUCCGGCAAGUCAACCGCGCCCAAGUUCUCGCCCGAGCAGUGCAGUAGGUACUUCUUUUCUGCUAUCACUGAAUCGAACGACGAAACGACUGGGCGAUGGCGUUGUACCCUCUGCCAGCGCACGUACACCCAACAAGAAGACAGGGGUUACACGAAUCUACUUGCACACGUCAAGGCAAGUCAUAGCAACUACGCCACACUCAUGCGCGAAGCACCAGCAGCAGCGCAGUCUACUAACACCAGGCUUUGGGUCAGUGACCGGGUGAAAGGGCGAUUCGGCUGGUUCUCGUGGAUCGUUGAAGAAGGACUACCGCUUACGUUCUGUGAGAAGCCAUCGACUCGGCGAUUUACGAAUUUGCCUAUAAUUUCUCAUGUGACCCUUCGCGACAACAUUUUACGGCUUACUGAAGUCGUCGAAAAAAAGAUCUCAAAAGAAAUUCCGGAUCGUUUUGGCAUUAUUUUCGACGGGUGGACACAUAACUCCGAGCACUACCUUGUGGUCUUUACGAAAAGGAUGGAGUCCUUGUGCAGCCUGUCGCUGGCGCCCAUCAUCCACGAGCCGGAUGACGACCACAGUGCGAAGACGCACUACACUGCAAUCAAGUCAGUCUUGGCCAUGUUCAAGGAGACCAUCAUGCAAUGUGUCUUCUUGGUGGGUGACAACUGCAGCGUCAACAAAAAGUUGGCCAAGCUUAUGUCCGCGUACACCCAGCAGCAUGAGGACGAGCUCGCCAAGAUACAACAGCUGAUGAUCAAACUGCGAACACUGAACCAGGCGUCUAAGCUCCUGUUUCGUACAGAACUACGACCAAUUCUCCGCCAAGACACUCGUUGGAGUUCAACGUUUGCCAUGCUUCAGCGAUUUUUCAAGCUUCGAGAACAUCUCGACCACGAGGACGACACUAUUUUGGAAAUUCUACCAACUCUUGGUGAAACGAAGAAGUUGAAAUGUCUGCUGGAAGAUUUGAAGAAGGUAGAAUCCGUGUCAAAGCGAGUGCAGUCUACCGACGCUACAAUGUGGGAGGUUCGAACUCUCUUCGAUGCUCUAGUCCUUGACUUCCCCAGCUUUGAGCAUUACAUUGAGAAGUUGGCCGUUGCUGCACUGCGAAGCAAUUACGGCGCAGACGAUGCCUCGGACGAAGAUGCUGCAUUUGCGUUGAAACGUGUGCGCCUGGCUGACGAGAAUGACACCUAUGUCCUCCUUGAUGCUGCGACCCUCUUCCUUAAGUGCAACCGCAGCUACUGGGACGUGCGGUGCGCCGAAGUCGUGGCGCCCACCAUGAGUUCUUUCGUGAGUUUGUUCGUGGAGACUCGGUGGGACGUUCGUCAACCCCGUGUAGCCCAAAGUCAAAUGAGUUGUCACCACCGCGUGCCUGUGGCCGUCGCUGCCGGGAGUGUGCUCGACAUUCGCAAGGACAAGAAGUACAAAUGCUCUGAGGACAUCGGCGGAGUUUCGCUUGCGAUGUACAGCUUCGACACUGCAUGGUUGGAGCAAUCUGUGCAGUUGCUGCUGUUUUCGAAAGUGACUCUACGCCGUUAG